AUGUCAUUCCAGGGCAUCCUAGACGGCCCAUGGGCCGAUCAUUAUCACACGGCGCGCUCGUCAAUGACGAUGCUAUGGCAGCAACAGUUUCAUCCUCGCCGUCUCAGAGCUCGUCCCGUUAGGACGCUGAUGAUCCUGGCCGCCACAUGCUUCUUCACGCUGCUGUUGCUGUCGCGAUCCAGUCAACCACAUGUUAGCUACUGGUUGAGAUACCCAUCAUAUCCCCCCUCCCGUGAGCGCCCCGAAGACUUGCCGAUGGUCUUCACUUCCCCGGGUCAUGUUUUGCACCGAAAUGAUAGUCUUCCGCAUAAUCUGCAAAAGUCAACCCCGUCUUUCCACCUUCUUAUACCUGCAUCGCAAAAGUCCGCCUCACUCUGUCGCACCUUGACGUCGUCAAUGAUACUGAACUACCCACCGCCCACGUUGAUUAGCUAUGGCAAGUCGCCUUCAACGGGGUACACAGACUACGCUGCCAUGGUGGACCGCAUAGCCGGCAUAUACAAUUACCUGGCGUAUAACCCGCAAAUAAAGGAUGAAGAUCUCGUCCUUAUCGUUGAUUCUCAGGACGUGUUUUUCCAGUUACCCCCUGAGGUUCUGAUCCAGAGGUUCCAAAAUCUCCUCAGGGAGAACAAUGAGAAAUUGCUUCGGAAAUAUGGUACCGUGACCGUUGACAGGCCGUACCGUACAGGCUCGCAGGAAACGAUACAGAAAUACUCUCAGAGAGUCUUAUUUGCAGCGAGCAAAGAAUGUUUCCCUGGGCUCACCCUAGAUGCAGGGUGUGUGACAGUCCCAGAAUCCAGCCUGCCCCCGGACGCUUAUGGGUGGAAGACGGAUAUCCACCCACAAGGACAUCUGAAUCGGCCGCGCUGGCUUAAGCCUGGCGCAGUUGUUGGCCAGGCAGCUGAUCUCAAGUUGAUAUACGCCGAGGUUCUGCGGUUCGUGCACCAACACCGCAACGCACGGGGAGAUUAUCUAGCUAUGACGCAAAUGUUUGGUCGACAGGAAUAUGUGCGGGAGCUUGAGAGGCGGGAUUCUGCGAAUGGAUUCAUGGAAUGGCUCUACACACUCAUAGGCAUCUCUGAUGCUUCCAAUAUCACAGGAGCUACCCAACCGCGCCUCGAGUCUGGCACCCGCUAUGAAUAUGGCAUUGGAGUCGACUAUGAAUCCCGUCUGUUCUUCAACAUGCGCAAUGCCAAGAUGGAUGUCGAAUGGCUUCACUACAAUAAUGUCACCAAGACUUCGGCAGUGCAGAUGCAGCAUGGCGUCCCUAGAGAAAAGCGCCUUUUGAUCCCUUCGGAUAUAACGCCUGAGAGCAUCGGUAACCCAUUCAUCCAGCCCAAAUUUGGCAAGGAUGAUUGGCUGAACCCGCCUUUCAAUGAGACGCUCGACAAACUUCCGAAUCCGCGCAACCAUACUUGGCACAACCUCCCGUUGAUGACCAACAUUCACUCGGCAUCUGUACCGGCUCUGUUGCAUGUCGAUGGGGAUCAUUCUGUCCUUGACAAGUGGUGGUCAGAGAUGUGGUAUCAACCAUGGGCUCGUGCUCUUCUCCGCAAGUACAUGCGCACCCCGAAUGGGUUCGACGCCGCCCAAUCUUCCCUCUUAGGAGGACAAGAGUGGUGGGACAUGCGCGGUGGUAGGGGAGGUCUCUGGACUGACAAGGGUGAAUGGUUAGCCUACACUGAGGUUUGUGGAAGCUAUGACAAAGAGCUAUUCGAUGAUGACUUCGGUCCCUUUGGCAAAGAAAGUGGCGAAGACGCUGACGAGCCGGUUUACAACCGAUUCGGAAACGUCAUCAAGGGUAAAGAAAAGCCAGGCAUUUGGUGAUCUGUCUCCAAGACUGGUUCUUGAGAAAAACUUACCGCCUGCCAAUUUACCUUUGGUGACAUGGCUGGCGUGGGCCUUACUAUUUAUCCACAAAUGUGGUCCAUUGUUCAUUCUGCAUAUUUCAUUAUAGCGUGAAGCUGCAAACUGCAGCAAGAACUUGCCAUCAGCUAUGGCCGUGCAUAUCUACAUGGUGUUUGGGGUUCAUGACUUAUCGAUUUUGAGCGAAGUGGAUCUGAUGUGAUGCUUUUGCAUAUGUGAUGGGCCUUACCCUCCUUGCUUUGCUGGUUUCAUUGCAGUCAGGCGUAAAGGCUAGUUGUUCUAUUGUAUGAUAUUCCUUCUUGAGUCGGGAUGCCGGAGAGUAUCUACGGGAUACUUCAUUAUAUACCAG